CUCUUAACCCUAGCUCUAACCCUAACCCUAACCCUAACCCUCGCGCGACCCGACCCUCUCCCACUUCCACCGAUCGCGAAAACCUCGAACGAAACCCUCGAUCUCUCUCCUCUUCUUCUUCUUCUUCUGCUUCUUCAUCAUCUUCUUUUUCUUUUCCUCCCCCCCACUCACCUCUCUCUCGCGCUCCACCGCUCCGCCCCAGCAACCGCUCGGGCGCCGCCGUGCCGGAACCCUAGCGCCGCCGCCGGAGAAGAAAUAGAAGCCUCGCCAUCUGAACUACCAUAAUGGGAAGGAAAAACAAGCUGACCAUCACCAAUGAAAGUGAUGAAGAAGAGAAAAAACAACCCUCUUCGGAAGAAGAGGAUUCAGCAUUGAUGUCAGAGGAAGAGUUGGAGUUAGAGAAUCAACUGGCUGACAUCCCCUUUGAGGAUCUUCAGAGAGCUCGUGCUGAUGGCUCCCUCACUGCCCUCCCCGGUAAGCAGAAACUGAAGCAGAAGACUAGUCGAGCAAACAAGAAGAGGCCAAUGGAGGUGAGCAGCAAGGUGCCUACAAAGAGGUUUAGAGAAGUCAUCCAAGUGCCCAAAAAGGUUGUACGCGAUCCAAGAUUCGAAUCUUUAUGUGGAACUCUUGAUAACGAAGGAUUCAGAAAAAGAUACGAUUUCUUGUUUGAGGUUGAACUUCCUGCUGAGAAACAGAAACUGCAAAAGCUAAUUAAGAAGUCAAAAGACCCUAAUGUUGUCGAGGAAUUAAAGAAUCAUAUCUCUUGGAUUGAUAAGCAGCUGAAGUCGGUUCCUCGGAAGAAUGUUGAAUCUGAAAUUUUGUCGGAGCACAUAAAGAAGGAAAGAGAGGCAGCAAAGCAUGGGAAACGGCCAUAUUACCUGAAGAAAUCUGAAAUUCGAGAAAGGAAGUUAAUAAAGAAGUAUAAUGAGCUCAAGGAAGGAGGAAAGCUCGACGCUUAUAUUGAGAAGAGGAGAAAGAAGAAUGCUUCCAAAGAUCACCGCUACGUGCCUUACAAGAGACCCAGUAACGGCGGACAACAGUGAUGUUAAAGAAAAAAAUAUCUACUUGUUCCGUCUCAGCCGGGAUUUUUAUCCUUCCCCUUGCUUUCAUAUUUAGUUCUGCUGUUAUCUUUCUCUCUGCAGGAAGGCCAAGUAAGAACAAACUGUGAAGUAUAUUGAGAGAGAGAGAGAGAGAGAGCAAUUCUGCUGUUUUUUUAAGGUGAACUCUAGUAGCUAUUUGGAAGGCUCUUUUGCAAACUUUUCGAAGUUGCUAGAGCCCAAAUGCUCCCUCUUAUCUGUUCUCCUUUUAUGUAGGUGAGAUAUGCUGUGUCUGUACCUAAUUUGGCGGGGGAAAAAAAAAGAUUUAUUCUUUUAGCUAUUGUUUGGUUCAGGAAUAAGCAUGAAUUUUUUUAUUUU